GUGUCGGCUGCAUGGAGUGUUAAUCGACCUGUUUGACAGCAAUAACACUCAUUUAUUCCAACAAGCAGUACUCUUCUCUUUCUGAUAUCUCCAGUCAUUCAACAACUAAGGACGAAUUCAGUACUAAGUAAAGAUGAUGUUUGACGACUAUGACGUGGAUUAUGAUGAUGAUGACAUCGAUGAUGAGUUUCUGUACGAUGCUGGCUCGGACGACGACGAAUAUUUCAUGACUAGGAACGGAGAGCUGGUUUAUGCUGGCGAUGUCUAUGAAGACUACUAUGAAUAUGCCAAUCAUUUCGCAAAGAGCUCUCACUAUUCGAAAAAUGAUUACUACAAAAUGGAGGAGGCAAAAAAUGAACUUGAGACCAACAAUAAGCUUCUGGUCGGUGAUCGCAUGGCACGUUUUCUUAACAACCCUAAGCACAGUGACGUGACGCUAAAAGUUGGCCGUACUGUUUAUCACGCCCAUAAGAUAAUCCUUUGUUCCUGGAGCGAGGUGUUUCGGAAAAUGUUCAUCGAUCCUUUGUGGUCCAGUCCAAGGAAAGGUGAAACCAACAGGCCGGGGCCUCAACAGCAGGUGCUUGUCGAGCCAGAUGAAUGCGUCAAGGUCUUCAAGGACUUCUUGAAGUUCAUGUACACAGAGACGGUAGAGUUGAGCGCAGAGAGAGUGUAUCCCAUCCUCACACUGGCUGAUAAGUACAUGGUUCAAGAUUUGCGUGAUGCCUGCGAAGACUUUCUUCUAGAAGAAGUUGCUCACAUCAGUGGGGAGGAAGCCUUGAAAUUGUACGCAGAAGCGGAGAGACUUGGAUUGGAAAGAGUCCAAGACCAAUCAAUCAAGGUUUUAGAAGCUAAUAUCGGCUACCUACCAGAGAGCUGCAUACAGAGCAUGAAUGCUGAUCUCCUCAUCAGGUUACUUCAGAGUUCAAAGCUGCUAGUUGAAGACGAGCAUGCCGUGUGUGAGCUUGCUGUGCAGUGGCUUAGCGUCGAGGGAGAACAAGCGGAGCGAAAGGUACACGCAGUGGAAAUCUUAUCGCUUAUCCGCUUUCCUCACAUGCCAUCUAAAAAACUCAAGAGCAUUCUUGAUUCAUCACUACCACAGGAUAUGGAGAAUGCCUACAACUCCAAGUUGACGGAAAUGAUUUACAAAGCAUUUGAAUGGCGGGCCCUAGUCGCAGAGGAGGCGCACACAGCCAUGGAAGAUGAUUUCGUGGAGCCGCGCAUAUAUCUGAAUCAAGCCUUUUCACUUCACAACAAGGGUUUCUCAAGCAUGACCCAAAGUGAUGGUGAAAAGUUUCGGAAACUGACACUCUACACCGAAGAACAAGACGAUUACUACCACUCUAAACUCACCUUCCGUGCUUCCUCAGCAACCGACAAAAACAUCUACAAGUUUGGUAAAAGUUCCUGGGAGGUGAGCGCCUAUUCCUCCAAGGAAUGCGAUGCCUGGAACAUUAACUACACCAUCCGAACGAGUCAAGAGCUUGGACAGCCGUACAGAGUAGCAGUCUUAACUCGCCUGACUGAUGAAGGCCAGGACCCCAUAGUAACCAUACACGAUGGAAACACUAAGGAGAAGUUCACGCUUAGUGUUUCCUCAGCUCUGCUUAAACUCAACGAGAUGCCCAUCAAAGUGUGGACCAAGAUGGCAAUUUUUAUAGGGAGGAAGAAGAGUGAUCCAAACGCACACAUACACGUGGACUGAAGGUCCAUAUUAUCAGAGUUCUUAAACUCCUUUUCAAAUAGUUGGAUUGAGGCAACAAUACAUGUCUACGGUCGUGUGCGAAAUGACGGCUUCGGCUACAGCUACGUCGCACACUUCUGCCUAUGCAUCACUGGCAGAUGCGCUGGUCUAGCCAUAACUGAAGCCGAAGUCGCUGUUUCAGACACAGUCUAAGUUGUUUUCUUUCUGAUUAUGCCAUGAAGUUAAAUGGAAUGUCCAUGCCGUACAUUUAUGACGAAAAAGAUGUGUUUGUUUAUGUUUGGGGGGGGGGGGGGGGGUGAUGUUGGACUUAAUGUAAUAAUCUCAAAGCAUCAUCAUAAUUAGGUUCUUUUGGAUCGUAAAAAAAAAAGAUUUUUCAAAGUUUACCUUCAAUCUACUAACUGGUAUGAAGAAAUAAAAUGUACAUUAAAGAACCUAUUAAAUCAAUUGGAGGUAUUCUUGAGGAUUUUUGGGGAAAUGGUAAACACAUAAUUUGGUCAUUUAAAAUGUUCUGGGCAGAAACAGGGUAUCAACCAAAAUAGCAUUGAAAAAAGUAGUGUUUGUGGCAGGUUCGUGGCUCAUUUUUGCUAGUCACAUCCAUUUGCGCAAAUUUAUUUCUUGCUAAGGAUUUCUUUGUAACUUGCUGCCACCAGACACUGACAUAACAACCCCCCCCCCCCUCCUUGUAUUUUUAGGGCCAUGUCACAUGAGCUAAUUUAAAGGCAACCAGUUCAAAGCAAUCUCUAUAAAGACAAGUUGUUUCAAUUCCAUCUUCAUAUAAGUUUCUUGGGAAUAGGUAAGAUAUUGUUACAUGUAGAAGACUAACUCAUUUUCCUUUUGCAUGCAGUGUAAUUGGUUACCUCUAAAGUUGCCAGGGGUUGAUUUCACACAGAUAGUGCUAACUUAAGACUAGUCCUAGGAGAUAUUAAAAAACUUAAGGGUAGC